GAAGACGCGCUGACAUGUCAGAACUGUUGGGGAUGGUUAUGCGUUAGAGAACUUAUAUUGUUAAAAAGGAAACAAACAAACAAAAAAAUAGCAUGUAAGUCCAGGUUGCACAGGUCUUGUGAGGUGCAGUUUGUCGUGAAAGGUGCUUUAAAGGAAAUGUUAUCAGCUUAACGGUUUAUUUGUGUCAGAGCAGGCCAUCAUGAUACACUGAGGCUUUUAAUGUAGAGACUUUCAGCGUUCAAGAUAAGCAUUGAGAAUUAUUCUGUCACGCUUGGAGCUGGAAAAAAAUUAUAUAAUAUAUAUAUAUAUAUAUAUAUAUAUACACACACAUACACACUUUUUAUUUAUUUUUAAUAUAUUUUUUUUGAUCAACGCUUAAACGAGCCGACAAUGCAAACUGAAACACGGAGCGUUAUUAGUGUAACACCACAGUGAGAACGAAAGCAAGUUGAAUGCACUGAAUUAGCGUGAAAUAAACACUGGUCAGCUGACUGGAUGAAGCUUUUCGGAUGCACGUCUGCACAGAGACCUUGGUCAGUUCAUGAGUCAAUAUAUUUAAGAAGCUCCUGGUUCAGUUAGCUCGGUAAUAAAAUGCUGCGCUUAGAAGACGUGGCUAAUGUGUUGCUCAGAGUGCCCAGUCUCUUAGUCCUGGACCUGCUCUACAAAUGCGAUCUGGAGAGCUUCAGCCAUCACCUCAGGGCGAGCAGCGAGGACAUGCUGUUCAAAUACAAAUACGUCCUCUGGAACAUUUACUACUUGGGUCACUUUGUAAGCACAGUGGUGCUGCUGUUGCCUCUUGGACACAUUGUUCAACUUUACCUGCAUGUUCUUACUGCUCUUCUGCUCUACAUGGGACAUCAGAUGUCCAGGGAAUAUGUUAUAGGGGAGAGUCAAUACGGGUAUGACGGAACACACUUACUGCAUCUACCAGCCUUGAACCGUUUUGUGAGGGCACUUACAUGUCAGAUUAUUGUUGCCACUCUGUGUGCUUUCCUCAUGCGCACUCGUCGUGUAUGGCUGUUCUCUGCACACUUGCUCCCACUGAUUGGACGAGUGUGUUUAGUUUCUCAACACAAUGCCCUGACGCUCAUUACUGUUUCCAUGGGGAUAACUGCAGCAGAGGUUGCCACCUUCCUCCUCAUGAAUCUGUUUGUCCCAUAUAGAUUGGCCAGGGCCACAUACCAGCAAAUAUCACAAACCGAGGUGACUGAUUUGUACCGGCUGUUGGCGGUGGGCAUGUUUCUCUGGCAUAGAUUUGCUGUGCCUGUGUUGUUCAGUGCAUUCUGGCUUGUACUGUUUGGAGUUCAGCUUGUCUCCAAUGUUGGCAGCUCCACUGCCAUUCAAGAGGGGUUGUUGCUCUACCUCCUCACCAGUGUGUCUGAGUGCUGUGCUAGUCCGUACUCUCUGCUGGGUUUGACGUUUGUGGUUUCUUAUUUGGCAUUGGGCCUCCUGAAUCUCUGCAAGUUCUGCCUGGGAGGAGUCACAGCACUGCAGAACCACAACGUCAUGCACAGGGGUGUGACGGAGGGUGUGACUUUAUUGUUGUUGGCCCUGCAGACUGGCUUGUUGGACUUGCCAGCCCUGCAACGCUGCUUCCUCCUCUUUAUCAUACUCUUUAUCGUCCUCACUUCCACACUGCAGAGCAUGAGUGAGAUAACUGAGCCCGUUGUGCUCGGACUUGGAGCCAGUAGAAACAGGUGUAUGUGGAAGCAUGUGCGGGGGCUGAGCAUGUGUGUGUUCCUGCUACUUUUUCCUGGCUUCAUGGCAUUUAAGAUAUCCCAGUUCUUCCACAUGGACUUCUGGCUUCUCAUCCUUGUUUCCAGCUGUAUGCUUACAUCACUUCAGGUGACGGGGACCCUAUUAAUCUACUGCCUGUUCAUGCUGGAGGUGUGGCGCGGUGCUGCCCUGCCCAGCCUCGACGAGGUAGUGUAUUAUGUGAACGCUGUGUGUCGGGCACUGGAGUUUGCUGUGGCACUGUGUGUGGUUGCGUACGGGGCAUGGGAGUCAUUGUGGGGUGAGUGGAGCUGGAUAGGGGCUUCGGUUAUCAUCAUUCACUCCUACUGCAACGUGUGGCUACGUGCCCGGGCUGGAUGGAAGAGCUUCUUGCUUCGGCAGGAAGCAGCACGCAAAAUCAACUCACUCCCACGGGCGAGUGCUGAACAGCUGCAGGAACACGGUGAUGUCUGUGCCAUCUGUUUUCAGGAUAUGACCUCUGCUGUGAUAACCUACUGUGGUCAUUUUUUCCAUGGAAGCUGUCUUAGAAAGUGGCUAUAUGUUCAGGAAACCUGCCCCAUGUGUCACACUCCCAUCAAACAAUCCACAUCCAUCCAAACACCUGCUGCUGGCGAUGCCCAACCAAACCCAGUACAGACCCAACCAAACCCACAUCAGCAAGAGCCAGCUGUUGAACACCAUGACAUUCACCAAGGGGAGCAGGGCCCAGUGGAAGAUGAAGUCCAUUUACCAGAUCAGAAAGCCGAGCCUGAGGCACCAUUCAGAAGAGACCAUCUACAGAAUCUGAACUGUAGUGCCAGUGGAGACACUGCCAGACCUGGCUGCUCAUUAGAAGGAAAUCCUUGCAGUGAAAGAGACUGGGAAUCUGAGCAGAGGACUAACCAGCCCAGAGAGGCUAAUUUAACUAUGGACUCGGACAGAGAACUGUGACUGCACCACUCUGUCUUUCAGUGCUACUUAUGGAGCCAACAACAAAGAAAGAAAGAAAAGUGGAUCAUUAAAAGACAAUAGAGAGCUGCCUCUCUGAAAUCUUAGUAUCAAAGACUACAACCCAGAUUUCUGGUGGAAUGAAGCUUCCUCUAAUCCUCUUAACUAUGUGCUGGUAUCUUCUCAUCACAGCCCUUCUUUAAGCAAUACAAAAAUGUAAUGUUUGCUGUGGCUUCAUUUCUGCUGAAAUGUUUAAAAUUCAUAAGCUGUUGUGAGGAUGAUAGUCCUUUUAAAGAAGGGUAAAAGUGAAGGUGAGAUGAUUUUUGCUGUCUCUUUGUAAAGCAAUGUACCGUAUAAUAACUGGGGAAUUUAAUUUGAACUGCUUUUGAGGAAAUUCUUUAAAAAUGAUAUAUCCUCCUUCAAUACAAAUCGCAGAUCUUCUGUAUGUUGCAGUCAAAUACGCAUGUGAAGAGAUGAGCUCUUCAGAGUGCAUAAAUAACUGACAGUGCCUCACUCAACCAUAAUUUUCACCAUGUCACUUUGUCCAAAGUAUUCUGAAGUAAAUACUUUUUUUUCUGUUGAUUAAAUAGUUAUUUAACUAUUGCAA